GGUUUGGAAACAUUCAAAAGGGAUUGUCGGUGGCAAUUUUGCUGAUGGAACAGAUUGAGAAAAUAUGUCCUGAGCCUCAGAAGUGGAGGGUUGCUUACCCACUUUUUAGAGGGGCUUUUUCUGCCUGCACUUUUAGGCGGUGUGUUGCAGUUUCUCAUCAGCUGACCAGUAAGUCAAACCAUGAACCAGUCACAGUUAAAUGAUUGGAGGACAGUUAACACAAGUGGAUAUGUACUGAAUACCUCUGGACAUCACCCCUGUCCUUUAGGUUUUGGACACUACAGUUCCGUGGACGUAUGCAUCCUGGAGACCUCUAUUAUUGUGCUGCUAACCUUUUUGAUAAUCACUGGUAACUUGACUGUAAUUUUUGUAUUUCAUUGUGCACCUCUUUUGCACCAUUAUACUACCAGUUAUUUCAUCCAGACAAUGGCAUAUGCAGACUUGUUGGUCGGAGUUAGUUGCUUGGUGCCUACUCUGUCACUUCUUCAUUAUUCCACAGGUGUCCAUGAGUCCCUAACAUGUCAAGUGUUUGGCUACAUUAUUUCUGUGCUGAAGAGUGUUUCCAUGGCUUGUUUAGCAUUUAUCAGUGUGGAUCGAUACCUGGCCAUCACCAAGCCCCUUUCUUACAACCAACUAGUAACACCCUGCCGAUUGCGUCUCUGUAUUAUACUCAUUUGGAUCUAUUCUUGUUUGAUCUUCCUGCCAUCUUUUUUUGGUUGGGGUAAACCUGGAUAUCAUGGUGACAUCUUUCAGUGGUGUGCCAUUGCCUGGCAUACCAGUGCUUAUUUUACUGGCUUCAUUGUGUGCCUGCUGUAUGCACCUGCAGCACUGGUUAUUUGUUUUACAUACUUUCAUAUUUUUCGUAUAUGUAGACAGCAUACCAAAGAAAUUUGUGAUCGCCGAGCACGCUUCCCCAGCAACGAAACUGAAACGGCUGGUGAAACUGGGCCGGGUCACAGCCCUGAUGGGCGUUAUGCCAUGGUAUUGUUUCGGAUAACCAGCGUUUUCUACAUGCUGUGGCUCCCAUACAUCAUCUACUUUUUGUUGGAAAGUUGGCGAACACUGGAUAAUCCUACUCUUUCCUUUCUUACCACUUGGUUGGCUAUAAGCAAUAGUUUCUGUAACUGUGUCAUAUACAGUUUGUCCAAUAGUGUUUUCCGUCUAGGACUCAGGAGGCUAUCAGAAACUAUGUGUUCACCUUGUAUGUGCUCUAAAGACAUGAAUGAGCGGGAUCCUAAACCUCGAAAACGUGCUAACUCAUGUUCCAUCUAAAUGCAGCAAAGGAUCAUAUCUGCACAAGCCCCAGGAUGCUGCUUUUCUCUGAAACCUCUACAAAUUAUUUAUUGUAACAGUUUAAAUGUCUGGAUUUAUAACGGAUUAAUCAAAGUAAUAUACUUUGGUUGACGAAUCACACGAAGAGUAUUCAAAUACUGACAUGAAUAUCCUAGAUUAGGUGACCGUUAACUGAGGAAAAAAAUAUUUUAGACAGAAAUUCUGUAGAAUGUGUAACCAUAAAAUGUUUUUUGAAAAGUUUGCAUUACAUAUUUCUUUCCCACUGUGUAACAGCAGGUGUGCUAGGAUACUGUUUCAUAUAAUGGUAGAAAAAGAAACUGUUCAUAGGCAAUGCAAUUCAAUUGUUGAAAUAUGUUAUUUUAUAGCUGUGUCUAAUUCGGGAAAAGCAUAAUACAAAAAUCAGUGACCGCUAAUCUUAACAUCAAAUCCUCCCAAUUACAUGGGAGUUUCCAGCAGACUCUGCGGUUUAAAUGUGUUAAUAAUGAACACAUCAGUGCCAAUGGCAUCCCAAAAAAAAUUAUGGUAGAGACCUCUGUGGCAUUCCAUGAAGUUAACACCUUUACCAGACAUUAUUUAUUGCUUUACCCAUAGUUGAUCGUUUCUAAUGUAUAUGCUGUUGCAUUUACUAAAUAUUUUUUUUCCUGGAAGGUGUCACCAGCUUGAAUAAGUAUUUUUUACUGAAAAGUUCACCAACUUAAAAAAGAAAAAUCCCCCAAACGAAUGUAUUUCCUUACAGGCAAUUGUGCUUUUAGCUGUGUAUACUUACAGUAAUAUAUACCUAAUCUAAAUAUAAAACAUAUUUGUAUUCCCUAUUCUUUCCAGAAAUGUACCUGCAAGUUAAAUCUCAUAAUUGACUGCUGUUAAACAUUGGCCUCUGAUUAUUGUUUUUAAAGUCGCUUUCCAUGUCUAUAUGUAGCCAGCUUUACCCCAUCACAAAGGUUAGUCACUGGAUUUUGUUGAAAUCUUAAUAAAAUGGUGGCUUUGUGAAUAUUAGAUUUUUAAGUCUUUCCAGUUCUCUACGGUCAACAGAAAAUUUACCAUGAAUGGAUUGACUUUGCCUGCUGACUCUUAUUGGUCCACAUAUAACACAGAUCCAGUUGUAGCUUGACCAAAUAUUGUUAAGGCUAGCUGGAAAAUCUCAUCAAGAGAGGACCAAGUUAAGAUGUGGAUGCAGUCCUUUUCGACGUGCCUGCACAUCCCAAUUUGUGAUCCAAUUGUUGACAGGUCUUAACCAUUGUAGCAUCCUGAUAUGGCCCACCACCUGGAUGUUUUUUUUUGCCACGGCUGUGAUUUAAUCCAUGUUCUUGUGCAUUUACCUUGCUAUUGUGAGAAAGACUGGAGCUAUAUUCCUGUAAGACCACACAGAUACAAUAGAACCUUGAUCAUACGAAUAUUUGCUACAUUUGUCUUUCUGUGCAGGUGUGUAGAGAUUUAAAAGAUUGGUGAUUGAUUGAUCUAAAAAAAAAAAAUUCUAGUUUAUCUUGAUUGCUCUUGACAGAAUGUAUCUUUCUUAAAACAUUUGAACAGAUAUUCUACUAUGAAAGGGGUAUUUUUGAGUUUCAAAAAGAAAUUCUAACGUGGACAUGUAAUUUAUUAGUAUUUUAUGUCCCCACGACUUUAAUUAAAAUUUUAGGUUCUGACCAAAUUAAGGAUAUGUUAUCUGGUAACCCAUUAUGCAGAAUGCUCUGAAACAUUGCAAUACUAUUCCCUUCAGUUUUCUCUGGAAUGAUAACAGCACCUUGUUGAGGCCACCAAAUCCAUCUUAAAUGUGUGUUUAAAGCAACUUUACAAUAUACAUUCAAUGAAAUGUUUUCAGUUGUUUGAAGGUUAUUUUUAAAUGUAAUUGCUAUUGAACGCCGUUCUGUUCUGUAAUUCUGACUCUUAAAACAGGCCUUUUUUUAAUCAACUGGUUCAGGCAUUAGAAGCCGAAGUACAAAUAAUGCAAACAUAUGCUGUUUUCAUAGCAAUUACAAAACAAGUAACCACUUACAUUUUUGAAUUCCUAUAUAUUGGAAAGUGGCCUUGAAUUAUAUUCACUUGUAAAAUUUAUAGCAGUGUUUUAAUUGAGAUCUUUAAAUAUGUCCUUUACUGUUUAUGGGCAGCUAUAAAACCGUGUAUGUACCCUUUAUAAUGAUGUGGCCAUUAUAGGGUUAAAAACUUACUGGUAUUGUUGUUGAUCAUAUUAAGUUUAAUAAAAAUUGUGUACGAAUUAUCCUUCA